AUGGAACAUUCACAAGUAUAUAGAAUGUUAAAAUCUGGAGACCUUAGAUCCCACAAAAAUUCCAUCAAACCAAAGCUUUCACAUGAACACAAACAUAGAAGACUUAACUUCAUUUCGUCUCAAAUUAUCCUGCCAACUGUUAACACAUUACCAAAAUUCAGUUUGAUGUACAACGUCGUACACAUUGAUGAGAAGUGGUUUUUUAUGAGCAGAGAGACACAAGGAUUUUACUUAUUCACAUGGGAAGAGGAAGAGCCAUAUAGAUGUGUUCAAAACAAGAAUUUCAUAGGAAAGGUUAUGUUCAUAGCUGUUGUUGCUAGGCCACUUGUUAACACUAACGGGGACAUAUUGUGGGAUGGGAAAAUAGGCAUCUUCCCUUUUAUAGAGACACAAAUGGCAAUCAGAAGUUCAAGCAACAAGGCAGCAGGUACACCAGAAUUGAAAGCAAUUACAAGAGUCACAAGGGAUGUUAUCAGGGAAAAGUUAACUGCUGAAGUGUUACCAGCAAUCAGAUCAAAAUGGCCAGCAAAUGGAGUUGGGGACAUAUGGAUUCAGCAAGACAAUGCAAGGCCACACAUAUUAACAACUGAUCAUGCAUUUAAUGAAGCUGCAACACAAGAUGGGUUCAAUAUUAGGCUAGUUUUCCAACCAGCUUCUAGUCUUGACAUGAACAUUUUGGAUUUAAGUCUUUUUAAUGCUCUUCAGUCAAUUUAA